AUGGUGCAGCGCCCCCCCAAGAAAAAGGGGAAAGCCGUUGCUGCGGCACCUCGAAAGAAUAAACCCCAGAAGGCGAAGCCGGGAGGCAACAAGGACAAGCUGCAGCGCAUUCUCAGAGACCCGAAGAAGGCCGUGGGCGUGACUAAGAUAGAAGCUUCUUUGGCAGCAGUUGCGCAGCCGGUGCACUCAAACCUGCAGCUGGUGAACACUCAAAACAAGAAGUAG